GGCAGCUGUCCGGCAAUGGAAGAGCACGGAAACGAGGGGGGUGGAUCAGAAACCCCUCAGGAACGCGGUGCCCGGCCGGCCGGACGCUCCGGAGGUUCCUUUAGCGAACAGCGGAGGGCAGGAAGCCAGCACCUUCCGGACGGACCGCCGCGCCCGGAGCAGGCCGGGCCGCCAGGCGCCCCACGCCCCGUGCCUUGCGGCCGGGCCCGCCGUGCCUACCGGAGCGGCCUCGGCGCCUGCGCGCAGCGAGGAGCCGAGCCUCUUAUCGCCAUGGAGAGCGCCGAGGCCGAAGUGAGCGAGAGCCGCCCGGAGGAGGACGGCGCCGUGCCCGCUGGAGACCUCCCGCUCCCGGAGCAGCCGGCAGCCACGAUGGAAGACUGCUUAGCAAAGAAAAUGGAAAUCACCGUUUCAGAAGCAGAGAAACGGACUGGGAGAAAUGCCAUGAACAUGCAAGAAACAUAUACUGCUUACCUCAUUGAGACAAGAGCUGUUGAGUCCCAGAAUGAGGGACAGUGCUCCCCAGUGGACUCCCUGUGGCGGCGUUACAGUGAAUUUGAAUUAUUGAGGAAUUAUUUGUUAGUUACUUACCCACAUAUUGUUGUUCCACCUUUGCCAGAAAAAAGGGCUGACUUUGUUUGGCAUAAACUAUCAGCAGAUAAUAUGGAUCCAGACUUUGUGGAGAGAAGAAGAAUUGGCCUGGAAAACUUCUUGUUACGUGUGGCUUCGCAUCCUGUGCUUUGCCAAGACAAAAUCUUUUAUUCAUUUUUGACACAGGAAGGUGGAUGGAAAGAAAUGGUGAAUGAGACUGGAUUUCAGUUAAAGGCAGAUUCCAGAUUAAAAGCUCUUAAUGCAACAUUCAGAGUGAAAAACCCAGACAAGAGAUUUACUGAACUAAAACACUAUAGUGAUGAACUGCAGUCUGUCAUAUCACACCUUCUGAGAGUCAGAGCUAGGGUAGCAGACCGGCUGUAUGGCGUCUAUAAAGUUCACGGCAACUAUGGAAGAGUAUUCAGUGAGUGGAGUGCCAUUGAAAAGGAGAUGGGGGAUGGGUUGCAGAGUGCUGGCCACCACAUGGAUGUAUAUGCAGCUUCUAUUGAUGACAUUCUGGAAGAAGAGGAACAUUAUGCUGAUCAGCUGAAGGAGUAUCUCUUCUAUGCAGAAGCACUACGGGCAGUUUGCAGAAAACAUGAAUUAAUGCAAUAUGACUUGGAAAUGGCAGCACAGGACCUAACGUCUAAGAAGCAGCAGUGCGAGGAGCUGGCAACAGGAACCGUGAGAACGUUCUCCCUGAAAGGGAUGACCAGCAAGCUGUUCGGGCAGGAAACCCCUGAGCAGAGGGAAGCCAAGAUAAAGGUUCUGGAAGAGCAGAUACAGGAAGGGGAAGAACAACUUAAGUCUAAAAAUCUGGAAGGCAGAGACUUUGUGAAAAGUGCCUGGGCAGACAUUGAACGGUUUAAAGAGCAGAAGAAUCACGAUUUGAAGGAGGCGCUUAUAAGCUAUGCUGUUAUGCAGAUCAGUAUGUGCAAAAAGGGAAUUCAAGUUUGGACGAAUGCAAAGGAAUGCUUCAGCAAGAUGUGAUUAUCUGGAAGUGAAUUCCUCCUCCAAGUGCCAGAGAAUGGAAGCACAAAUGUUGAACACCGAUGUUAAGUUGCUACAUGACUUACGUAUAAAUCAUGAAAUAAAUGAGUUGAGUGAAUAGUUUUUCUUUCUGCUGAUUGCAAUUGUUAAUAAAGGCCAAAAAGGAUAUCUUGUUAAAUGUUUAGCCCAGGCUGCCACUAUUGUGGCAUAUUUUAUAUGUGGUAGCAAAUUAUUCAGGAGUAGGAGUUACUGAAAACUACAACUCUGUACUUGGGCGAAGGUGUAGGGAAAGUUAUCCCAGAAAGUAUGAACUGAACUGUUUUGUGAGACUUGUGGAACACCACGCUCAAUAAUGUGUAGAUCACUUCCAGAUGCCCUUCUCUCAGCCCUUGCUGUUUAGAAUUAGUAAUGCUCAAGGGUGCUUUGGUUUUACAAUAGGACACGCAAUUGUGUUCUUGAGGUUUACACCAUCAGAGGGACAAAAAACUGAAAUACUGUAAUGCACAGGGUUCACAUAUAAAUGCCUUUGCAUGCCCACAGAGAAAUGUGCUUUUCCAAAGUUCAGGUUAAGCAGUCUUAAGCUCCUGAGAUAUUUGGAGCUCUCUACAGUAAAGGUGUUGUACGGUUUGAUGCAAUACUCUGCAUUUACUGGUUCCCACUUACCUUUUGAUAUGGGCAUUGAUUUCAUAUCAAACUACUUCUUGCAAGUUAAGGAAACUGGUGGUCCAUCUGAGCAGCAAAACCAAAGUCAAAGCUGGGUAAGAAACAGAUGCAACUUCUGCAACUUCUGUUUGAUUGUUUGGAACUUGUUUACAGUAGAUGUGGAUCUAGUCUAUGGUAUCUCUUCUUGUAACUGAAGUGGUUUGGUUCUUAAACUGAAAUACAAAAACUGGUGCAAUUUUCCUAGUACUUAAGAGUAGUGAUGUGCAGAAUCUGCAAUGAACCGAGGUGUCUGUCUGGCUCUUGUAAUGAUGUUUCUGUGUAUAACAUGGUAUCAACGGUAUAACAUGGUUUGUAGUUACAGGUACUUGCAUUAAGUGUUUCCAGUUAUGAAAAACACUUAGCACUGUUUAAUAUUGGGCUUUUCCUACAUUCCUAAGGUUCCUGAAGUCUUGUGGAAUUCAUUACACUUGAUUGCUAAUGCUCCAGGAAGCUUUGUAAUAUUCUGUUGGGAAGUGUAUUUAUUUUCUCUGGGUUGUAACACUACUCAGAUCUUUUUUAAGAGAUACUCCGGGAAGUCUUUAAAAGCUGUUUUGAUAAAUUAUCAAUAACGUGGUUACUUGACACGUUCCAUGUUACUUCUGUCUCCAUAGCAUUUCUUUUCUGUAAAACCAUUGUAAAGAUCUGGUGUAUGCUACAGCUCCAAACUCGGAAGUAAGAAGCUGGGUGCUUUGAUGUAUGUUAGCUUUGUCAAAGCUUUUGACAGUGUCACUUCUGGGAGGUGGCGUUGGGCAGAAGGAGGCCUCUCUGUUUGAUACUUACCAGGAGAAGUGUUGUUCCAUUCAGAGGACUGCGAUAUCCAGUUCUGAUACAGGCUGAAGGACUCUUACAUUCCAAACCAAGAAGUUGCACACUUGACGUGCUCAGUAAGCCUUCUAAAGGAGUGGUGCCUUAAUACAAUACCAUGAGGCGCUCAGUAGGUAUUUUUCAUGCACUUUGAUUUUUGGUAAAUCUUUCUGGUGCCUCUUUCCAUAUUUCACAUGCUGUACAGCUUACUAAAUGUAUUCGUAUGCCUUUUUUUUCCUUGCUAGUUGUACUAAAUUUAAGAAGGGAACAACAGUUCUUGUAAGUUUUGUGCCAAAUAAGCUAAAUAAAAUUGCUCUUUGA